AUGGCAGCCAUUACAGGAUUCACCGUGGUGUCGGAAUCCUCCGCGACACCCACAGUGAAAGUUGAACCAACUGCGAGCAGGGCAAAGUCCAGGAAUUCCAUGAACGAUCCUCGGGGACCAUGGGGUGCAGUUACCUUGACGAAGGCUGACAAGGUGCAUUGCAGGAUCCAUGCUGGGACUAGGACGCCCAACAAAGCUGCUGAAUCUUGUCCAUGUAUGCAGCACACUGUAUUCAAAGUCACAACUACACAUAGCAGCAGGACUUCACAAAUGCAGGACAAUCUUGUGGUACAUUUGGCAGUGUUUUUGUAUACUUUAUUUAAAGCAGUACAGGGAAAUUAUGGAUAUGUCGAAAUUCUCUGUCGAGUACCUGAUACUCAACAAAACACUGAAUUUAUCUUCUCGAUCACCUACAGCAUGAUUGAAUAUUUGAGAUAUAACAGCACAGAGGAUAAGGCUGUUGGUUUCACUGAAUUUGGAGAGAAACUGGCAGAAGAGUAUAAUAAUAAUGCGAUUUUACGUGCGCAACCAGAAUUUGUGCUGAAUCAAUGCAAAAAAAUUGGAGAUGUAAUCCUUAAUUUAGGGUUGACAGUACCACCAGAAGUCAUUAUCCGAUUGGAUAGGGAAGCUAAUGGGAAUCAGAAAGCUGUUCUGGUGUGCAGUGCCUAUGACUUCUACCCAAAACCCAUCAAGCUGACGUGGAUGAGAGAUGAUAAAGAGAUGACGGCGGAUGUGACCUCCACUGAGGAGCUGGAUGAUGGAGACUGGUACUACCAGAUUCACUCCCACCUGGAAUAGACGCCAGCUCUCAUAGACCCAUGGUCUAUCACUGGGGUCAGAACAGAGUUAUAACUGAUAGUGUUAGGAAUCGG